UGGUCUUCCAAACCAACCAGAGGUUCUCGCAAGCGUAUGGGAUUUGGGUUCCUUCUCCCCAUUUCGAAAUUGAGCGCUUCCAUCGCAACUGUCAUUGCGGACGACUUGAACUCGUCGAAUCAUCGUGUCUCGAAUGCCAUGCGCUCGCCUCGAGGUCUAUUAUAUAUCCUCGACUGUGGACUUGGGCUAAUCGACUUUGAAGAUAUAAAGGAUGGUUGCCCUACAGAAAGGAUUCAUGUACGUUUUUUUCCGCUACAGAUUUCAGACUGAGCACAAUCCUUUAAAUAGCCCAACGGACAUCCUAUCACCAGGGGCUAUAUAUAAUGGUGGCUAUCCAAGUGCCAAAGAAGUCCGUCUUCGCAUUGCAAAUGGAGGCGCUGGUCAAUCUGGUCUGGUCGAAGCUUUUGCAAAUGCUUAUAUCCAGUUUUCUGUCGAGACAAAGGGAGUCAAGCCAUUCCUGGUGUGUUUUGCCAGUGAUUCUCAGUGGUCGCUCAGUUCAAUCGUUCCCUUCACUUCUUCAGGUUGCGUGGUACCUAGGUGACACUACUCAAAGCCUCCAAUAUCUCGCCUCUAAGUUCGUGGAUGUCGCCUUGACCUACAAUGCGGCAGCAGAAAAGCACUGUGUAGACAGCGGGGCAGCCAGUCAACGAGAACUUGUCUUUCUGGACCAUUUCUAUCUUGUUGGACCGAAGCCUAAUCCUGCCGAGCUGUCUACAUCCAACGACAGCGUCACUGAUAUGUUCAACAAGAUCGUAGCGUCUGGUAAUGAAGAUACCCUUCGCCCUCCUAACCCGAGCAUUCGUCCUCCGACAAGAUUUCUUUCCCGGUUCGAUAAGAGUGCUACCAAUAUUAAAGAAUCCGAGUUGUUCGUCAAGAUCGGCCAGGUCCCUUGGGCGUAUGCGUAUUCCACCUGGUACCACCAAUACGCGCGCUUUCCUCUGCAGGCACUCGAAGCCGCUUCUUAUUUGGCAGAAUACACCCUCACCGAUCGUGGGACAUGGCUAUCAUCACCGUCCAGUGUCACGAGCAACCUGGUCAUUUACAAAGGUGCGGAAUCUACGGAAGACGAGGCAGUUCUCCUCAAUCCUUGCUCGGCACUUUCUGCACCUGAUACCGCGAACAAGGAGAUGGCAGAAGACUUCAUGAACUGGGUGGUCAGAGAUGACGGGGGACAACAGGUUGUGAAGGACUUCAAGAAGAAUGGAGAGCGCCUUUACAGUCCUAGACCGAAGAAGCAGUAGUGGUACGCAUAACUUAGAUAGUUAUCAUGUGGCAUUACUGUCCUGGAGGACUGGGUCUCUUUUCGGUCACAAAGAGGUCAGACCCAGCGCAGACGUACUAUCCGACAUCCUUUCGGUGUUCACAACAGCGGUUUCUCUUUCAUCAUCAGACCAGGAGCAAGGAUCUUCCUGGUAUAUGAUUCGGUACAAUGCUUCCACCUGGAAGUUGAAGGAAUCUAUAAUGACUUUAGAAUAACGAAUCAUGUUCAGUGCUUUUCGCGAUCCCUUUUCAUAUUCCGACCGCUCGUUGGACUUUUCCAUGUCAUGCGGACCGGUCCUACCUAAUUCCGCAUCUUGAUGGAAAUUGAGACCAGCACUUGACAAGCAGAAUUGAGGCGAUGUGUUGUCCGAGCUACCUCGGCG